GGCGUGGCCGAGGUGAGAAACUGGCGCUGCUGCUGCCUCGGCAGCACCUGUUGGUGCCGGAGCCUCGUGCUGGUCUGCGUGCUGGCCGCCCUGUGCUUCGCUUCGCUGGCCCUGGUCCGCCGUUACGUGCAGCACCUCCUGCUCUGGGUGGAGAGCCUCGACUCGCUGCUGGGGGUCCUGCUCUUCGUCGUGGGCUUCAUCGUGGUCUCUUUCCCCUGCGGCUGGGGCUACAUCGUGCUCAACGUGGCCGCGGGCUAUCUGUACGGCUUCGUGCUGGGCAUGGGACUGAUGGUGGUGGGCGUCCUCAUUGGCACCUUCAUCGCCCAUGUGGUCUGCAAGCGGCUGCUCACCGCCUGGGUGGCCGCCAGGAUCCAGAGCAGCGAGAAGCUGAGCGCCGUUAUUCGCGUCGUGGAGGGAGGAAGCGGCCUGAAAGUGGUGGCGCUGGCCAGAUUGACUCCCAUACCUUUUGGGCUCCAGAAUGCAGUGUUUUCGAUUACUGAUCUCUCAUUACCCAACUAUCUGAUGGCAUCUUCGGUUGGACUGCUUCCUACUCAGCUUCUGAAUUCUUACUUGGGUACCACCCUGCGGACAAUGGAAGAUGUCAUUGCAGAACAGAGUGUUAGUGGAUAUUUUGUUUUUUGUUUACAGAUUAUUAUAAGUAUAGGCCUCAUGUUUUAUGUAGUUCAUCGAGCUCAAGUGGAAUUGAAUGCAGCUAUUGUAGCUUGUGAAAUGGAACUGAAAACCUCUCUGGUUAAAGGCAAUCAACCAAAUACCAGUGGCUCUUCAUUCUACAACAAGAGGACCCUAACAUUUUCUGGAGGUGGCAUCGAUAUUGUAUGAUUCUAAUGAAAUGUAUGGUUGUCCAGAGCCUAGUGGGCUGUCCCAGGUCUAGCAGACACUUGACAAGUGGGCAGAGAGACAAGUCCUGAUUGUAUUACGGCACAAACAAAACUGACCAGUUGUUAAAUUGCACAAUUUUUUAAAAGCAAGAAUCAUUUUCUGGAUAUGUAUAUGUAGAUGCAAUUUUGGCUGCACCUCUUUAUCAUUUAUCAUGCCUGUAAUGGCCUAUAGGUCUGCACUUUAGUAUUUUUUAAUUGUUUUAUUUCUGGGUACUUAUGAACAGAGAAAUAACCCAAAUAUUUUUCUGCUUAGUGUCUUUAUUUAUAAAGUCCAUGUAUAGUUGUAUGCAUCUUUCCUACUUAUUAGUAUGAGUAAAAGUAUGCAAUUUUAAGUAUAUAAUAUUAUUAGAUGUUCCUUGCUUUGUAGUCUUUCAGGACAGGUAAACAGUGGUUUUUGUUUUGUUUUAUGUGGGACCACUUUGCUUCUCUUUUCCUUUCUAGUUAGAAAACACAUUAACUUUUGGUUGAAUGUAUUUUUGCAAGUCAUCACAUUGUUGCAGGGCCAUUUACAUAUAUUUACACAAGCUUAUAUCCUACAUUGUGGGACUGAAGUGCUCUUAAGAUGCCUUUUGAUUUUCACUGUGUAAUAUGCAAAGCAAAAGGGAAAUUAAUGGGUGGUAGCUCAAAUUAGAACGUAUGUUCUAAUUCUGUUACAUUGGCUUUACCCUCUUUUAAGUAUUUCAUCAAAGGGCUGUCCCAUUGCAAUCUUACAAAACAUUUUUAUUAAAAUAAACUUUUCUUCCUUUUUAUAUUCAUAAUUAGGCUUUGGAAUAAAGAUGUUAGUCCUUAAAAACGGUGGACUUACUGUCGUUGAAGAUGUCACUCAGGUGGCCUUGUUUGAUCAAAAUGCCUUUUUAAAAAACCAAGCUUUAAAAUCAUAUUUAUAAUUCUAUUGAAGUACAUAUAUAUGUUUGUUCCCAUAGUCUUCAGCUUUAAAACUAUAAAUAUAAUAUUAACUUAAUGCCCAACUUUGUGUUCUUUGCCCUACUAUUGAGUAGGUUUAUUUUGUUUCUUGGUAUUGUUUUUCUCUGAUAAGACUCAGGAAUUCUGAAAUGUGAAAUUAAGUGUCUCAAUUCUUUAGCUCUUAUAGCGUGAAUUGAGUAUAUUUAUUACUAGCGCUUAAAAGUACAUAAGUACAGAAUACAGUAGUUUGGCAUAUGAUUCAUACAUAUGUUAUUCACUUAUCACUUUAUAUUUUUAAAAUAGAUUGUGAACUUAAUGAUUAAGUUUUU